GCGCAAGUAUGAUGGUAAUUAUAUGUUGAGAGAUAGAAUACGAUAGAAUACGAAGGAUCUGCGCUCUUUUUUCAGUCUGUUCAGCCAACGUGAAGCCCGCGUGAAGCUAAAGCGUGCGUCGCGUUGCGGACCGUCCGUGACAGACGCGAGACAACGUGACGGGCGCAGCCCAUAUUAAAGUCACGUGGUGUGACGUCACAGGUAUUGGCAGGGACGGGUGACCAAGGCAGAGAUAUGAACCAAGGUCGCGACUGGACAUCCUUCCCCACCCUUCCACUCCCUUUCCCUCCCGUUCCGCCCACACUUUACUCGCAUCUCUUCAUUUAUACCUCAUUGUUUCCAUCUACUGCGAUCGUUCUAACCCACUCAUCAUGUCGGAGAACAAGCGGGAUGUCAAGAAUUCACUCCUGUUCGAAUGUGCUUGGGAGGUUGCUAACAAGGUCGGCGGUAUCUACACCGUCAUCAAGACAAAAGUCCCCGUAACAGUAUCGGAGUAUGGGGAUAGAUACUGUCUCAUCGGCCCUCUCAGUUAUAAGACUGCACCCAUGGAGGUCGAGCAGCAGGAGCCCAAGGAUCCCCAUCUCGCGAGUACGCUUGAGUCGAUGAGGAACGUCGGUGUCAAAGCACUAUACGGACGAUGGCUUAUUGAGGGUGCACCACAUGUGCUUCUUUUUGAUACUGGAAGCCAGUACUCCCGGUUGGACGAAUGGAAGGGCGAUCUCUGGAACCUCGCUGGUAUUCCAACACCACCGAACGAUCAUGAAACAAAUGAGACCAUUGUUUUUGGUUACAUUGUUGCUUGGUUCUUGGGAGAGUACGUCGCUCGCCAGCUAGGCACGGCGGUGGUAGCGCAUUUCCACGAAUGGCAAGCCGGUUUAGCAAUUCCCCUUUUACGCAAGCGGCAUGUCGAUGUCACAACCGUUUUCACAACACAUGCAACUCUCCUAGGUCGUUACCUGUGCGCUGGAAGCGUCGACUUCUACAACAAUCUCCAAUACUUUGACGUAGACCACGAAGCCGGCAAACGUGGUAUCUACCAUCGGUACUGCAUCGAGCGGUCUUCGGCCCAUUGUGCUGAUGUCUUCACGACCGUCUCACAUAUCACGGCGUACGAGGCGGAGCAUCUUCUGAAGCGCAAGCCUGACGGUGUUCUGCCAAACGGAUUGAAUGUCGUGAAGUUCCAAGCUAUGCAUGAAUUCCAAAAUCUGCAUGCAACUGCGAAGUCGAAGAUCAACGAAUUCGUGAGGGGCCAUUUUUAUGGGCAUUACGACUUUGAUCUCGACAACACUCUCUAUUUCUUCACUGCAGGACGUUACGAGUAUCGUAACAAGGGUGUAGACAUGUUUAUUGAGGCUCUUGCUCGUACGCUAAUCGUUAUUUUUGACGGCAUAGGGGCUGAUAUUCGCUUUUCAGGUCUGAACUAUCGUCUCAAGAGGUCUAACUCGAAAACAACAGUGGUAGCAUUCAUCAUCAUGCCCGCCGCAACGCAUUCAUACACCAUCGAAGCGUUGAAAGGCCAAGCAGUUGUCAAACAGCUCCGAGAUACAGUUUCUGAAAUUCAAAACCGGCUUGGAACCCGCCUCUUCGAGCACGCAAUCCGUUCGAAUGGUGACCAUGCAACUUUGCCCGCACCGGAAAAAUUCCUCUCGGAAGAAGACAAGGUUUUGUUGAAGCGUCGGAUCUUCGCGUUGAAGAGGAAUGCCUUACCGCCGAUUACUACUCACAAUAUGGCCGAUGACGCGAAUGAUCCUAUUCUGAACCAGAUCCGACGAGUGCAGUUGUUCAACUCUGAGGCUGAUCGUGUCAAGAUCGUCUUUCAUCCAGACUUCUUGAACUCCAGCAACCCUAUUCUGGGGUUGGACUAUGAGGAGUUUGUGAGAGGUUGUCACUUGGGUGUGUUCCCGAGUUAUUACGAACCUUGGGGUUACACGCCUGCAGAAUGCACGGUGAUGGGUAUUCCAUCGAUAACGACUAACCUGUCCGGUUUUGGUUGUUUCAUGCAGGACCUGAUCGAACGUCCUCAAGAUGAAGGCUGUUACAUCGUCGAUCGUCGCUCUCAAUCCGUUGAAGAUACCGUGAACCAACUUACUGACAACAUGUUCACCUUCUCCAAUAAAACCCGACGUCAACGAAUCAACCAACGUAAUCGCGUCGAGCGUCUUUCGCCUCUUCUCGAUUGGAAGAACCUUGGAAUUGAAUACAGCAAAGCGCGGCAGUUGGCGUUGAGGCGGGCGUAUCCUGAUUCGUUCUAUGGCGUUUCUGGCUUGGAGGGUGAAGAUGAAGAGUUUGACUUUGGUAUGGAGAGGAUGAUGCCGAAUAGCGUGCCUGCAAGUCCUAGGUUCAGGAUGUCGGGCAUUGCUACACCUGGUGAUAUUGGCACUUUGACCGAAGAGAUGCAGGCCCUUGGUACCAGUGAUUAUCGCGGACAAGCAUGGGGUUUGACGGAAGAGGACGAGGAAGAAGGAUAUCCAUUCCCACUUGUGAUGAAAGUCCGUUCGCGGGCAAGCUCUGUCGUGUCGGGUGCAAGCACUCCCGGAGGUGGCAGAUCGAAGAGCUUGAGUGAAGUCGAUUUGCGCAAGGCCGAUGCUGCUCUUAGCCAUAAUAAUACGAAAACGUGGAAUAACCAGCAAGGCUUUUAACAUGAUAUCAAAUGUCUUUGUUGUUUCAGGUCCUGUGGAUUGGCGGGAUGGUUGGACGGGGAAGUGCCUGGAAUUGGUUUUAUCGAUCAACAUGUUGUAACGACUCUCAUCUUUCAAUUCUUUCUUGUGCCAUAGUAAAACAUCUUUAGCUCUUGUUGUAUCUCUCAAUAUGCAUUCUGGAUCGGUCAGACACAUCGCAACCACCCCAAUGACAUG